AUGGAAACUCAACAAAAUCAUCAGCAACAGGGAAAUGAAGAUGGGGGAAACAAAAGCAGUAAUUUUCUAUGCAGGCAAAGCAGUACUAGGUGGACACCCACUACUGAGCAAAUAAGAAUCUUGAAAGACCUUUACUACAACAAUGGAGUUAGGUCUCCAUCUGCUGAGCAGAUACAGAGGAUCUCUGCCAAGUUGAGGCAGUACGGAAAGAUUGAAGGCAAAAAUGUCUUUUAUUGGUUUCAGAACCAUAAAGCUCGUGAGAGGCAGAAGAAACGCUUCACUAGUACUACUCCUUCUGCCUCUGAUGUCCCCAUGCACCACAGAUCACCUGCUGCCGGUGUUUGGAAAUACCAUCAAGAUCAUCCUUUCCCUAACAAUCUUACUGCUGCAGGUUUUCCAUCUUCAUCAAGUUCUUCUCCUGGUGUCCUGAAUAUUGGCCCUGUGGGACACCCUGGCUAUGGAUCUGUAGCCAUGGAGAAGAGUUUCAGAGACUGUUCCAUAUCUUCAAGUGUUGAUGGCAAUGGAUCUAGCCUGGGUCAAAACUUUGUACGGGUCGGAGUCGACCCGUAUUCUUCAGGAGGAGGCUACCACCCAUUUCUUGAAAAAAGAAAAUAUGUUGAUUAUGAAACCCUAGAAGAUGAACAGCAAGAAGAAGAACAAGUCCCAGAAAUUGAAACUCUACCUCUUUUCCCCAUGCACGAUGAACACACUUUCAAGCAAGAAACUAACUUCUACAAUGGCUGGCAUUAUGGCCCGAGGGCCGAAGAUAAUAACAUUGGCUCGUCACGGGCUUCCCUCGAGCUCACCAGAUUGCUUAAUUCUCCAUGA